GACCUUUUAUUCGCUUUAGGAAGGCCGGAAGAUAGGGCAGUGUCUUUGUUCAACCCGGGAAGGAAAACAACGAUCGCUAUCAAAAGUUCAAAGCCCAGAAACAAUCGUAGAUAUAUAACCCAACGGUCAACCCAAAGUUGUGAAGUCCUUGGCAGACCUUCAAUUGUUCUCAUUCCUCCGCUCCAAGCUACAUCUAAAGAUGUAUCUUUCCACAGUCGUUGCUACUAACGCCUUGUUGGCAUCGGCCACGGCUGCCAAUCUCAUUACCGAUAUCAAUCAGAUCCAGAAGUACUGGGGAGAAAUGACUCCUUAUGCUGAUAACGAAGAAGAUUAUUUCGGUGUAGAAUAUGUCGGACUUCCGGAAGGUUGUCAAGUUGUACGUUUCUGUCGUUAAUGAUGCCUAUAAGCCGACUAACAAUGUCAAGGAAUCAGUGCAGGUUCUCCAAAGACAUGCGGAGCGUUUUCAGACCGAUUCUGUAGACGAUGGUGCGAAUGAUGAGCGUUUUGCUGAGAAGGUUUCCAAUUUCACCUCAACGUCUUCCAAUGCGACCUUCACAGGCCCUCUUUCUUUUUUGAACUCUUAUGAGUAUCCCAUGGUCGACAAUGGCCUCUUGACUGGAGUGGGCGCAGUUACCGAAUUUACUGCCGGUGUUUCUUUUUGGAAUCGUUAUGGCAGAAUUUUAUAUGGUGCAUCCCCUGGGCAACUUGCCUACGAUCCUUUACACGCCAAUGGCACGGCACGCCCGAAGGUCACCUUACGCACAACCUCACAAUCAAGAAUCGAAAACAGCCAAAUUAACUGGGCAUUAGGAUUUUUUGGUCCUAGUUAUUCCGCCGUCCCAGAUCCUACUUUUGAAAACGUGACCACAGGAUUCGACGUGGUGAUAAUCACUGAAGGAGGAAGCGACAAUAAUAAUACCUUAGCAUCAUAUUACGGUUGUUCCAAUGACAACACUGAUGGAAUUUGGAACAUUGGGGAUUAUGACAUUUACACUUAUCUUCCGAAAUAUUUGAGCAGCGCGACCAAAAGAUUACAAAAAUAUGCACCUUCUGGCUUCGAAUUAACAUAUAACGAUACCUACGCUAUGCAAAGUAUCUGCGCAUAUGAGCAUGCAUACAUUGGCAUGAGUGCUUUCUGCGGGCUAUUCACCGAGGAUGAGUGGGCCGGGUUUGAGAGUACAUUAGAUAUGAUAUGUAAGUUUGCACCUCCAUUGAUUUUCAUGCGCCUCCCAUGCUGAAAAAUGCCAACAGACUGGUACGAUUAUUCGUAUGGAAAUCCCACGGGACGGGCUCAGGGAAUCGGCUAUGUCCAAGAGCUCCUCGCCCGUCUCCAACAUCAAUACAUUCCCUCCUCAAAUUCGUCCGUAAACUCCACCCUGGACGAUAAUCCAACCACAUUCCCAUUGGACCAAAAGUUCUACGCUGAUUUCUCCCACGACGAUAUCAUCAUUUCCGUUUUGGCAGCAAUGGGCAUGGAUUAUUUCAGAGAGGCUCCAAGUCUCACACAAUACCCACCCAACCCAGACAGAAAUUUCAUCAUUUCUCACAUGACUCCAUUCGGCGCUCGUCUCGUGACGGAGACCAUCGGCUGCAGCUCCGCCGACCCAUUCCCUGAAAGAACUUCAAAGGUUCAUUAUACACCUACUCAAUAUGGCUAUGACUCUGCCAAUGCCACGAACAAAUUUAUUAGAAUGAGACUCAAUCACGGUAUACUUCCGUUAGAUUCGAUUCGAGGCGGUGGGUGCAAGGGCAGAGUAGAUGGAAUGUGUGAGAUGGAAAAGUUCCUGGGGAGUCAAAGUAAUGCGACGGCACUGGCAAAUUAUGAUUAUGUCUGCUUUGGGAAUUAUACCAUUGCGAAUAUUACGAGUGGAGAGGACUAUGAUGGUACUUUGUUUGAGUAGCUGACCAAGAUGGCCCCGCUUUUAACAUAGUUUUAGAUCGGAUUGAAGGUUAACAAUUCUCUUUAGAUGAGAAAUCUUGUUGUAAAAAUAAAUCUUGGACAUCUAAAUUAA